CUGGACCCCGAAGUGACCGCAACCCAAAUGAGAUUUAGCCGAAUUAUAGAGGAGUAUCUAAAGAACUCCACUUUGCAUGGAGCCCGUUUUAUAGUGGACAAGGAUGCCAGUUGGAUAGAGCGCAUCUUUUGGGUUAUUUGCCUUGUGGUUUCUUGGUACGCCUCCUGGUUGCUUAUCAAAGCCUCGUUGAGUGCCUUCGAAAACAAUGCCAUCAGCUUUGUGGUGGAGAGUUCGUUUCGCGAUUGGAACACCAACUUUCCAGCCAUUAUAGUCUGCGAAUCAAAAAAUAUGGAUCGUAUACAGGAGGUGGCUGAACAACUUUGGGGAGCAGAUCACGACUUCACUUUGGAGGAGGUGCUGAGCGAGAUUGCAUUCUUUCGCGGAGAAUCAUAUCACACAGUGCAUGAAUGCAGUGGCGAGGAGGUGACUGCCUCAUGUUUUUACUCCAAUUUCUCGUAUUAUGCUGAAUUAGUUCGGAGCAGUUGUGUGGACUCAAUUAGCAAAUGUGAGUGGAAUAACAAACCAUUUGAGUGCUGCAAGUACUUUCAUCGCAUGGAAACUGAGCUGGGAAUCUGCUAUGCCAUUAAUUCGAUGCAAGCUGGAAAACCAAAAAGUCCAAAACUAAAUAUGUUUUCAAAUCGUAUUAGUGGACCGGGCACUUUGAAAAUGGAAUUGCAUACGGAGGCUACGGUCUUUAUCCUUGGCACUGAGGAGGUGCCCACAUUGGUGACCCCUAAAACGGAUUUUCUAGUAGUGGGACCCUACAUAUCCUUUGUGCGUUAUAUCUCGAAGCGCGAUAUUGAGAACGAUGAGGAGAUCCGUCAGACGAGUGUGCAUCAGAGGAACUGUCGCUUUGCUGAUGAAAAUAUCCUGGAUGUGCACAAGUUCUAUAGCUAUAGUGCCUGUACGGUACAGUGUCGCAAGGAUCGGCAGAUGGAGUUGUGCAACUGCUCCAGCCACCUGUCCCCCAAUUCCCCCGACUGGCAGCUGUGCAACAUGGACGGUCUGGAGUGCCUGAAUCGCAACUACGAGGACCUCUCGGUGAUCAUUGCCCAGUGGUCGAAGCGUCGCGGUCGAAAGGGAUUGGUCUGCGACUGUCUGCCCUCCUGCACGGAGGUGGACAUCACAACGGUCUACGACAGCAAGGAAAAUUUGGUGGGCAAUCAGAAUCCCGUCUCUAGGAUCGAGGUGGGUCUCAUCGAAUUACCCACUGAGCGGUACAAAAGGAACUUGGUACGCGGCAAACUGGAUUUGGUGGUGUCCAUCGGAGGCACAACUGGUCUUUUCGUGGGCGCCAGUCUACUCAGUUUUGUGGAGAUUUUUUACUAUAUCACCAUUCGUCCUUAUACCACUUAUAUGAACGAGAAACGUCGCCUAAAGCGUCUGAUUUUGCCUGGGAGAUCACAUUGAAUUAAAGUUGCUUACUUCUUUGGAACGAUCGA